ACUUUUUUUUUUUUUUUUUUUGGUCUUAUGGUGCGCUGAGCAUUGGCGAUUAGUUCACCCACUGGCUGCUCGCAAUGUCAACGGGAGGUCAGACCACAGCAAGCCGGGAUAUCCCAACCAUCAGACGGGUCAUCAUCCAAGAUGCUGCUUUGAUGCCCAAGGAGUACAGCACAACACCCGGAGGGACCCUGUUCAGCACCACCCCGGGAGGAACCAGAAUCAUCUAUGACCGGAAGUUCCUCCUGCAGUGUCGGACGUCUCCUCUGGCGCGCACGCCUCCCAGCCUGCCCGACAUCCCGGGGGUCACCAGGCCCCACAAGCCUCAGGGCUCCUCCCAGGCUGACGCAGCUUGCCCCAACAAGAGAGCGAAUAAAAACGCCAAGCAAAGCCUGCAGGCGGACGAGGGCGCAGGCGAGGAACCCCUGUUUGAAAUGGACAUUUGACGUGUGAGACAAAACGCCAUGCCCCCUGGAGCUAAAACACAAUUCCUGCCAUUUUCAGUAUUUGUGUAAAGUUACGAAAGAAUUAAAGCUCUUUCUUUUUAUUUUUUACUGUUAAAUGUUGUAAUAUUUUGUAAUACCACAAAAUACCUAUGUCUGUCAGUUUACAAAUUUGUCUAAUGUAAGUAAAACAUGAAAUUUAUAUUUAAAAAAAAAAAGUUUCUUCUCUG